AUGAUCUUUGACGGCAUUCUUUAUCCUUUCUCCGCGGCUCAGAGAACAUUGAGCGCAUAUUCACCAACACCACAGGGAACGAGCGGGCUUGUGUUGUGGAAGAAGGCUGAUGGAGUCAGCUAUCUUGUACCCUUGACUUGGGCUCAGAACCUGGUGACUGCCGCAUGGUGGUCCACCCAAGCCACCUUUACCUUCAGCGCUGAGGCUUCCAUUCCUGUGGACGAAACAUUCCUCGUGGGGAACCAGACGGAGCACGUUAAGAAGCUCCCGCGCCGGAGUCAGUUGAGUCCACGUGCUAUCGCAGCUGUCGCUCCUGUGACCUCCCCGGCCCUGCGGGCCAACGCGAAUACAGCGCCCGACCUCGAACAUCAUUAUAUUGAGAAAGAGACGAGGCCCAUCAAGUUUCCUGCCAUCUGCCCAAGCCGCCAAAACCUGUCGCCAAACAUCUCUCACCCGACCGAUCUGCCUGGCGCCAUCGUACGAGCUCCUUCCUCCUGCACUUACCACGGAACGGGCCCUGGCAAGACCGCCAUAUUGGGGCCCGCGUCACAAAGAAUCACGUUGUCCGUCUUCGGCCCGAGGUAUGCUCAAUACUUCGUCGCUGGAGCUGUCGAAAGUGAGGCCGCCGAGACAUCCACCAGCGCCCUCUUCGCAGACUGCGUCAUGCAACAGCGGCAUGGACCCUUAACAAGGACGAUGUUCGGAUGUAUUAAGCUUAUGGAGAACUACGUGGACUACGACGCUUUUCACAAUCCCGUACAAGUCAACGGAGCCCAAGAUAUGGAAAACUCUACCAGUGAAGUCCCCACUGAUCCCCAAUCCGCUGCGGAAGGGAUCCCCACUGUUAAUGCGCUGAGAAUGGACAUCCCCGGGCAACUGAAGCUACCAACUGUCAUCGAGAUGCUGUUCUGCCCAGUCAAAGCUAAAUAUAUGGCAUCAACAAGCUCCUGGUACUGCGGUGCGCGUGUGCCGCCCGCCAAAAAGGCCAAGAAGACCGGCCCCACGGAGGCUGAACGAAAGAGCAUGCCCGCUCAGGGGACCUCAGCACCCCCACCAAAGAAGAACGUCGAACCGCAAUCGGACCACUUCAGUGCUCUCAAAAAUCUUUUGACCGAAGUGGAGGAUCUCCGUGCAGAAUGCGCACUAGCUCAAUAUCCACCUGGGAACUAA